GCAGGUGUUCCUAAUCCUAUAUACAACUAAAAAGACUAAAAGAUGGACAAACUUUUAGUGCGACAUUCUCCCCUCUCGCUUUCGUCCUGCCUCCGGCGAUGUCAUCCCGCCCGGCUCUCUCUUCCGCCCGAAAAAGGAAACAAAAUCGCUCAAUCCUCGCGCCCCGCUCCCCUUCCAUCCUUCGCGGCGCCCCCUCCCACUUCCGGCUCCUCGGCGCCCCGCUCAGAUCCUCGACGCAGAGCCCCCCCUCAUCCUCCGCGGCGCCCCGGUCCCGUAUCCUCCGCAUCGCCCACUCCCGGAUCCGGCUCCUCGGCGCAGAGGCCCCGCUCAUCCGUCCGCGCGAGCCCCGUCCUCGAACGCCGCCCGCGUUCGCUGCCGUCCGCGCGAGCGCCGUCCGCACCAUCCGCGACAGCUCCGUUGAGCGCCGUCGUCGAGCGCCGCCCGCGACCUCCUCGUGAGCGCCGUCCUCGAGCGUCGUACGCACCGUCCGCGACAGCUCUGUCCUGGAGCGACGUCCGCGCGUCCGCGACAGCUCCGUCCGCAAAAAGGCAGGAAGCGACAGCAAGGGCGUUCUUCUACCCCAGUCAAGUCGCAAGUUUCCACUAUCAGCUAAGGAACCGCCUCUGGACGACCUCGCUGAGCUGCAGGCAAGCCAUAGUCUCUUACACCGGCCUUUGGAACUGGCUAAGGAACCGCCUCUGGACGACCUCGCCAAGCUGCACACAACGCCAUAGUCUCUUACACCGGCCUUUGGAACUGGUCAAUGUCCUUCCCUUGCUCCCCUCUCCUUUUCUGUGUCUCUGCAUAUUUGUUCGGAAAAAUCUAUGCUUUGUUACUUGGUUCUCAUGCCGGAGAGGAUGCAGCAGUUUAAAAUUGGUAUUGACUUGUUACUACUAGAUUAUUGCUCCUAUUUUGUGUGUGAAUCAUGCGCUUCUGAAUGCUGGAUAGAAAGUGUUGUGACAACACCUGCAAUUUCUUAUUGAUCUGAACCUGAAUUUUCCUGUCUGCAGUGAGCAACACGAUGGUUUGUAUUUUAGGACAGUCAAGUUGCUAUUCAUGUUAUUUUCACCAUAUGAUGCUUCCUGGUUUAUUCAUGAUAUUUUCAGCGUAUUUAGGACAGUCAAGUUGCUUUCAAUGUUAUUUUAGGACAACACCUGCAAAUACUGAGCCUGAAUGCUACUACUGCAAGCUCGCAGGCGAAAUUAGUUUGUUUCUAAACUGAUAGUGCACAGUGUCCUUAGUUUGAUAUUCACAGUCCAUCAUUUUCUGAGUAAAAGAUUUGUUACCUUGAUGCAUCCCAAGUUCUAUCAUGAUAAAUUAGCUUGUAUUCAUUAAUAGAUGAAAGAUACAUGUGUUCCUUUAUUUAUCAGUUAGCCGAGUUUUCUUUUGACACCAUUGCAUUAGACAUUUUAUAUUUUGAUCUAUUUAUGUGUGAACAAAUACGACCAGUGAUAGAGGGGAACCACAAUUAAUAUUGAUAUUGAUACUUAAAUGUCCUCUCAUUUGUGACUUCAAAUGCGACCGGUAAUAGAGAGGAACCACAUGUAUCUUUAAUAUUAAUUGUGUGUUCAGUUUAAUUGUGUGUAUAAAUAAUUAUCAUGUUCUUUAAUAUUCAUACUUAAAUUUUAAUUAUGUGUUCAGUUUGAUUAUAAUGGAACCUAUGCAAGAUAGUGAAUGUCGUACACCAUUUGAAGACUUGACAAACACCAUCAAUGGUGGUAAUUGUUUAUACUGAUGUCCAUAGAUGCUUCCAACUUAUUUGUGGUCAAUAAGUUAUUUUCAACUUAUUUUCAAAGAGAUGGCCAAUCAACAUCAAAUUCAUGAGCAUAACUUGAUGAACGUGUACAUCAUAAAAAGGAAAGAGAAAAAAACACGGCAUGCAUUGAUGACUCGAAGAGGAAAGGGAUGAAAAAAAACUUAGAGAAAAGUAUCAUCAAGAACAGAUUGGAAAAAAUUUAAAAUGUCGUGAACGAUAUCAUCAUGUAAUCCUUUUUUAUGAAUACAAUAUUUCCAUUUUUAAGUUUAUUUAAUAUAUAGUGAUGUAUAUAUAGACCAGUUGGAGUUGAAUCAACCAUGGAAAACAUUGAUGCCUGUGAAGAUAGUGAUUUGCUACAUCGAGACAGCUCACACAUGAUGAUCGAUAAUGAUAACACAUGUAUCGAUUCAGUUUUUUUUCCUUCUACUAAUUUUAUUUUCUUAUGCUUGUAUGAUGUCGAUGACAAGGUUCAUACCAUUUUAUUAUAUAUAUGUAGAUGAUUACUUCAGUAUAUGUAUAGAUCAAAGUGGCAUGAUUGACAUUA